AUGGAGAAGCUACCGAACUGCAGAGCAAACUAUGCUGCUCUUACCCCAAUCAAUUUCUUGAAGAGGGCGGCCGGAGUUUACGCCACCCGCACCUCUGUCAUUCACGCCGGAGUCCGUUUUACAUGGCGGGAGACAUACCACCGCUGCUGCCGUCUCGCAUCUUCCCUCCGCUCCCUAAACAUACUCAAAAACAAUGUUGUAUCGGUGCUGGCGCCAAAUAUUCCAGCCAUGUACGAGAUGCAUUUUGCGGUGCCAAUGGCCGGAGCCGUUCUAAACACCAUUAACACCCGCCUUGACGCCAACAACAUCGCCACCAUUCUCCGCCAUUCCGAGUCCAAGAUCUUCUUUGUGGAUUAUCAGUUCGUGCCGUUGGCCACAGAAGCCCUAAGGCUGCUCAUGGCCAACUCUGUCGAGUCCGCCGGCAGCAACAUUCCCCUGGUUGUGGUCAUCGACGAGAUUGAAUCCCCCACAGGAGUCCGCCUCGGCGAGCUCGAGUACGAGCAGCUCGUGCAGCACGGGGACCCCAGCUACGACCCCGAAGAGGUCAUCGACCUGGACGAGCUAGAUCCGAUUGCCUUGAACUACACGUCCGGAACGACAUCUGCCCCAAAAGGAGUAGUGUACACCCACAGGGGUGCCUAUCUAAGCACCCUCAGCCUCCUUUUGGGGUGGGAAAUGGGCACCGAGCCCGUGUAUUUGUGGUCGCUCCCCAUGUUCCACUGCAAUGGCUGGACCUUCACGUGGGGUGUUGCUGCGCGGGGUGGCACCAACGUAUGUCUCCGCAGUGCGACAGCGUACGACAUUUACAGAAGCAUUAAUCAACACAAGGUGACGCACAUGUGCUGCGCACCCAUCGUAUUCACCAUCCUCAUGGAGGCCAAGCCCGACGAACGGCGAGAAAUUAAGUCUCCACCGGUGGAAGUACUGACCGGCGGAGCUCCCCCUCCGCCACCGCUGCUUGAAAAGGUCGAAGCACUGGGGUUUCACGUCACGCACGCCUACGGUCUAACGGAAGCAACCGGGCCGGCGCUCGUCUGCGAAUGGCGGGCGCGAUGGAACCAGCUGCCACGGAACGAUCAAGCGAAGCUGAAGGCGCGGCAAGGGAUCGGCGUUUUGUCCCUGGCCGACGUGGACGUGAGGGAGUUGGCGACGAUGGCGAGCGUGCCGCGCGAUGGGAAAACGAUGGGGGAGAUCGUUUUGCGCGGAAGCAGCAUCAUGAAAGGGUACUUCAAAGACACGGCGGCGACGGAACAAGCGUUCGAGAAGGGGUGGUUCCACACCGGCGACGUGGGGGUAAUCCACCCAGAUGGGUACUUGGAGAUAAAGGACCGAUCGAAGGACGUGAUCAUAUCGGGCGGUGAGAACAUCAGCAGUGUAGAGGUGGAGGCUGUAUUGUACAGGCACCCGCGCGUGCUGGAAGCGGCAGUGGUGGCGAUGCCGCAUCCACUGUGGGGAGAGAGCCCCUGCGCUUUCGUUGCCUUGAAGAAGAACGCGGAGGGAAACGCCGAGGAGGUGACAGAAGUCGACGUCGUUUCGUAUUGCCGGAGAAAUCUGUCGGGCUUCAUGGUUCCAAAGAAGGUGGUGUUUUUGGAGGAGCUGCCGAAGACGUCGACAGGCAAAGUUCAGAAGUUCGAGCUAAGGGCUUUGGCUAAGGCAAUGGUCGUCUCGGAGAGUGGUUCCGCCAAGAAGUCUACCCAACUCGGUGCAAACCAGCAGUCUGAGCGCAGCACUCAUCAGCCUGUUCAUGAGCAGAUUCUUGCCUUGUCCCGCCUUUGA